CUGUUCAAGUCGAGUCUCUUUCCGCCCAUUUUUUUCCUGUCGGCUUGUCUUGCCUUCAGAAACGGGGCAAGCAUGACGCCGUUACAAGUUCUUCGACAAGAUCAGUUCUUUCUCACCUACAAUUGAACUUUGAAACGGAUAGCCUUGGGCUCCGCGGGGAAAUUCUUCACAUUGAUCAUUACGAUUAACAGAUGCGGAACAUUAGACGUAGGCUAUAGCCUAGUUAACUGCGCAGAAGUUGUAGCCUAUAAAACGGGAUAGGUACGGUAAUUGGCCGGUGCUUGAAGAGGCUAUUACAUUGGAAAUGGGCACACAAGGGCUCUUUUGCUGUGUGGUGUUCGUUGCUUAUACCGGGUUCAGUUUGGGGAAUCCGGCCACCUGCGAUGAAGUUCGAAAAGUUUUUCAAGUGAGGGAGAUUGGACCUGUAAAUUCACUACUGGACGCACCUAGAACAGGGUUGGAUCUCCAGGUGUGCAUGUCCCGGAAUCUAUCCUGCUGCACAAAGAAGGCAGAGGAGAGAUACCAACUUGCUGCCCGACGGGAUAUCCAGAAUCUUCUCCAAACGUCCAGCUCCAGCUUGAAGUUCCUCAUCACUCGGAAUGUAGCUUCCUUUCAUGAAAUCUUUGCGAGCCUACUCAAGCAGGCAGAGAACUUCACCAACUCGAUGCUCCUCGGAACGUACCGGAAGGUGUCGGGGGAAGCGGCGGGGCCCGUGCGGGAGCUCUUCACCGACGUGGGCCUGUUCGUCCUGGGCUCGGAGCUGGGCGUGGACGACCUGGUGCAGCGCUUCUUCGACGGCCUCUUCCCGCCCGUGUACGGUCACCUGGUGGACCCGGGCCUGACCGCCGUCGCCCCCGACUACGGCGAGUGCGUGCGGGCGGCCCGGCGCGACCUGCGGCCCUUCGGCGGCGUCCCCAGGCAGCUGGCCUCUCAGCUGCGGGCGUCGGCCGCGCCCGUGCGAGUCUUCCUGCAGGCCCUGAACCUGGCCAUCGAGGUCAUCAACACCACCGACCACCUGCGCUUCUCCAAGGACUGCAAGAGGGCGCUGCUGCGCAUGCAGUACUGCCCCCACUGCCUGGGCCUGACCCGCAGCAAGCCCUGCAUGGGCUACUGCCUGAACGUCAUGCGCGGCUGCCUGGCCAGCAUGGCCCAGAUCGACGCGCACUGGCGCGAGUUCGCCCGCUCCAUGGAGGAGGUGUCGGAGCGCAUGCGCGGGGCCCCGGCGCUGGAGCAGGUGCUGCUGGGAGCCCACGCGCUGGUGGGGGAGGCCGUCGCGCACGCUCAGAGGACCGCGCCCAAGCUUUCUGCGCUGGUUCAUAAGCUGUGCGGACGGCCAAACAGGAAGCCGGCGCAGUCCGUCAGCGCCCACCCGCAAGAUGGUGGCAAGGAGCCCCUCCCUCUCAGGACCCCCCACAGUGACACUGACGAGACUCUCUCCAGCAGGAGGAGGGAGUUCAUAAACAGCUUGCGGCUGUACCGCACGUUCUACGCCGACCUGGCCGGACAGCUGUGCGUGAGCGAGCUGGCCUCGGAGGAUGGCGUCUCCUGCUGGAACGGAGAAGACAUCGUCAAGAGCUACACUCGUCAGGUGGUUGGGAACGGGGUUCGAGCUCAGCUGGCCAACCCAGAGGUGAAAGUGAAGGAGGCCGACCCCGUGAUCAAUCAGGUCAUCGAUAAGCUCCGGCACAUCAAUCAGCUGCUGCAGGGGAAGUCGAUCCCUCAGUAUGGGACGCUGGACCGGAUCGAGGCGGGGAGCGGGGGUUCUGACGGGCGCUUCAGCGGGGACUGUGAUGACGAAGACGAGGACGGCUGUGCGGGGUCGGGCGGCGGGGAGGUGAAGAAGGUCCAGAGAGUCUCCAAAUGGAAUCCGGACAAGGAGAACGAUCACCGGAGGUCUCGCACACAGACGGAAAUGGUCGACACGUCUGCCACCAGAAGCUCAGCUGAUGAGAGCCCCAUGACCUUGACUGUGCUCUGCGUGUUCGCAGUAGUGUGGUGGUAACUGCGUUCUGGAUGCUUCUGUACACCGCAGAAUGCACGGAAGGUGCCAGAAGCAUGGCUGCCAAGGCACGGGAGCCCUUGGCGCAAAGUGCCUAAUCUGAACCAUCUCCUCCGCAUGAAAGCAGAGGAAAAUCGGAAAUCUCACUCUCACUCUCAAACUUCUGCUACCUUGGUUUUUGGGUUAAAUUUCAAAUGCGUUAUUGGCGAGAAAUGCAAACCAUUAUAAACUGCCAAAGCAUAAAAAUGUGUUUAUUUCAUAAGCAAGAUAGAGAUAAUAUAAAAUAUACUUCUCUCUCUUUCUCUCUCCAUUUAGGCAUGCAUUUCCCCUCAGAUUUUUUUCUGUGCUGUUGACAAUACAAGUGUUAAAACAAUCUAAUCUCACUGCCAUGGAAUGCUCAUUUUCCUGAAAAAAUGUAAACCAUUUAAAUAUAUAAUUAAUUUAAUUCUCUUACAUUAUAUAUCUGUGUAAGAUAAAAACGUAGGAGAGAAAUACAAUAAAUAUAAUAUACUGUCUGCCAGCUUUACUGCUUACAGGAGAGCUAUAUAGGUUAUGGCAUUUAUUUUCCAUUACUCGGGGAUCCCAUAGACAUCAAUGCCAAUUUUAAAAUAUCUUAUUAUUUCUGUUCUGUUUGCAUUUGUGUUGAUGCUCAGUGUGAAUUGUAAAUUGAAUGGCAGGAUGUGUUUAUUUUCAGUGUUAAUGUUUUCUGUUGAUGGGAGAGAAGGUCAAAGAGGCACGUCGCUCUGUUUAUGGAGCCGCCUCCUCUGUUGCCAUGGAGACGCGCCCAUCCCUGGACAUCAGGCUGCUGUCUAAAGCUAACUUCAGUGUGUCCUUCACCUGAAACUUUCCUCAUGUUUUGGGUCAGUGAAUAAAUGUUCCCUUUCCCUGGCUCCAGAGACAUACCAGCUUGUUUCCGGGGGUCUGUUUGCUGUCCUCCAUUGCUGUGUUUUGCAAAUACUGGGAAUAUUUUCGUACCUGGAUACUGGUCUGUGAUUGGUCCUUUCUUCUAUUCUUCUUUAAGGAACCAUUUUGUUUAUUGGCACACCAGCUAGCUGACCCAAAAGAACAAACCGUUACAAUACUAAAAUUAAGUGUAGCUACAAGGCAGCAUUCGUUUUAAAUGAGUGCGCCCUAUUCAGCCAGUCUCAUUGCUUAUGUUCAUACUGUAUACAUUAUUGGCAUUUAGUAUAGUAUGCUUUGUCCAAUACUGUACAAUAGCUGAUCAAUGUGAGUACCUUGACCAACAACUUGGAGACCUGUUUCUUUUGGAGAGAAGGCUGCCAGAGUCAUUGUUCUGGCUCUUUUAUGACCAUGUGUCCAUGGAGGCCCAGAGGAAACAAUGGCUUGACCAUUUUUUGAGAGCCCCCCCCCCCCCCCAGCAUAUACCCCAUGGAUGCACAAUUGCAGCAGUAUUUUUUGAGGGCCCAUGUCCCAUGUCCCCACACCCCUGAUGGGUAUAGUAUUGUGCAGGCUGCCUUAAGUAUACCCACUUUAGCUCAAUGCUGGGAUUCUGUUUUUCUGGCAAAGUGUUGUUGUAGAAUGUAACACAGGGUAAACACAACUGACCAACAGUAUCUUUUUAUUCUGAUGUGCUCAGCAUAAGUACUGUUCUGUCUCAACUGUCAAUAUUUUAGGGUGGAUUGAUUUUCUGGCUACAGUAACAUCAAAAGAUUUUGUCCAGUUACCAUGAAGUUAGUAUUCUGAUUUGUGUGCAGUGACACAAAUUCUCAGUUCAGAGUUGACAAGGUUGUUGACGUUUUUCUUUUUGAUGUCGAUUGAAUUCGAAUAAACAGAUGGGUUGUACUCUAAAAUUGUUCCUAGUGAAUUGCAAAUCUUACUAUACAGUUGCAGAAACUGAAUAAUUAACAGCAGUGUUGGGCUCUGUUGGAUUUUUUGGAGUACUAAGAUUUAGUUGGGGCAGCCUGUAGCGUAGUGGUUAAGGUACAUGACUGGGACCCACAAGGUCGGUGGUUGGAUCACCAGUGUAGCCACAAAAAGAUCUGCACAGCCGUUGGGCCCUUAACCCUGCAUUGCUUCAGGGCAGGAUUGUCUCCUGCUUAGUCUAAUCAACUGUACGUGGCUCUGGAUAAGUGCGUCUGCCAAAUGCAUUAAUGUAAUGUAAUGUAGCUUUUUACACUCAUCACUGGUGUUCUUUAGUGGCAUAGUGAACACAAAUGCACAUCACAAGAUGACUUCCACAUGAUGUUUAUUUUUUCUGAAAUAAUUUUCGCUAACAUACAGUGAAAAUUCGAAGCCAUUCCGCCGACUGUAGCAGUAAGAGUUGAGAUUAAUUUAAUUAAUGCUAAUGGAGGUUUGAUUGUCUCUUAAUCAGGCGCUUAUCUUGCAGACACGGCUGUCAUUUUUAGUUACAUUUUUCGCCGCCGUAAUAUGAAUUCACUGUUCUACUGGAAACGGAUGUUUCCCGCUCUGCGGUCUUUGACUGGAACAUCACAGGGAACGGUGUCAUUGUUUGAAUAGUUAAGUUCAUGCCCUCGUAUGCGGUUCUACUUUUUGAAGAACUAAUGGGACAGAUACAGCAUGUACAUAAAAGAUGGAGUGGUUUAAAAUGCCUCUUCAAGCGUUUUUCAGAGAGAAGGCCCAAGAGAACAGGAAUCCCUUAGCAGUGGCAGCACAGAACAGCAUUUUCGUAAUCAUUUAUGUAUUUUUACAUGACUCCUGUAAAAAAAAAAAAAAAAAAAACAUAAAUUGUCCUUGCAAUUUGUACGUUCGUAUCAUGCUUAACUAGCCUAUGUUAAGAUAAUCGCAGAGUCAGUGCAAUGAUAUCAUGUUGGAUGAUGAUAAUAAUAAUAAUAAAGAUAGGGAAUCAUUAAUAAUACUGCUUUUCACGUAUCACAAAGCCUUUUACAGUAAAGUGCAUGGGAGUAAAGAUAGGAUGACACUCUGGAUUAGGCCGUAUUUGGUGUGGAUUAUACAAAUGCACAAACUAGUGAAUAUCGUGUAUGGAUAGGUUUCAUUUGGCACAGCAAGUAGCUAGUAAUUCCACUCCUGCUGUAAUUUAGCUGUAGCUGUUGAAUUUCCUGUGGUGCUGAAAGGCAUAAUGAGGCUUCUUCAAUGUGAAGUGCUGGUAGAUUAACUAAGGAAAGUGCCCAGCACCCAGACACACACAAAUGCAGUAUAUAGUGUUAGGUGUGUAUUUUAUAUUUAUUUGGGUUAAGUCUCUGGUGUUAGAUGACUGUGUCUCUCCCUUUUUCUCAUUUUCUCUCACUCAUUCUUUCACUCUCACUUCUCUUUUGCUGGUGCCUCUCUCUCUCUACUGUCUCAGGUACACAUCAUUGCCCAUGCAUCUUAUUUCUUCCAGAAACCAUCCAAAGAGGGGGUCAGCUCUCUACACACCGACAGAUCAUAUAGGGGAUCAUCAUGGAGUGAGAUACAUUGAAAAGUAAUACAUAACAACAAGCUGUUAGCUGUCUGCUUCCCUGUAGCAACUUGGUGUGGACCUUGUCCAGGUGGUUGAGGUUAGCUCUUUGUGCUGGUGUGUAGCAGAGCUGAGUUUUCUCUAUUUGACCCAGAAGCCUUUCCAGGACCAAUCCCAGAACAGUUCUAUUUUCACACCAAAGUGUGCUGAACUGUGAAAAACAAGGCACAGUUUAAUCAGAUGUUUUCACAUUGGAUACAAGUGACCAUUUACAAGUGGUAAUUCUUUAACUGUUAAAAUUGGUGGGGAUUUGGAUCUGUUUUUUAGACAUUCAAGUCAGCUGCUAGUAAAUGUUAUUUGCAUCCAUGUGGUCAGAUUACAUGGUUCCAGGUAUCAUUCUGGAACCAUCUUUGAAAAAUGCUUUGUGGUUUUCCUGCCCUACAGCAACAUUUUUUUAUUUUUUUAUUUUUAUAUACUGUCAUUUUUAUUUCUAUUAUUUAAAAAAGUGGUAAUAUAUGUGUAUCAACGGCAUUAUAAAAGCUGAAGGUGAACAACAAUUUUUGUGGGUUUCAUGUUUAUGUUCAGUGCAUUCUUCAGGAGGAUAACGCAGUGACAAAAGUUCCAAAACAUCAUUUUCCCAUUCUUUUUUUAGACUGCAUAUAUUUGCACAUGUUGUUUAAUUUACCUGUAUGGUACCUAAUUUUUUUCAAUUUGAAAAAAGUGUAUAUGAAACUAAUAUAAUUUCUUUUUCAUUCAUAAUUUAUUCACUGGUUAUGGUAUUUGUUCAUUUUUCACUUCUGUUAACUUGUUUAUUCUAAAAGCAAUUUUAAUAAACAGUUAUUACAUAGCUACAA